ACAAUGGCACACAAUAUAUCGCCUCGGAAUCGGCUGAGGUCGAGUGCAGUGACUCCGGGAAAGAAAAUAGGACGGUAUCUGGCCAUGUCUCGCACGGUUGGCGACUAAGACUGGGGCAAAGAUGAUGGCACCAGCGAGGUUCCCCCAAAUUUAACCCCAUCUGUUGCUGGCUUCAAGCGCGAUUCGACUAUUUCUUCCCCCUACAAAUACAUGCAUGCUCUAACGCCUUUUUUUCUGGGGAAGAAAAGGUGUUUGUGAGCCGUUUCCUCUCUUGCUCUCCUCUUCCCCUCCUCCCCGCAAAUCCCCUCCCUCGCCAUGGAGUUCAAAACCCUCGAGGAUGGCACCACCGUCGAGUCCAAGCAGGCCACGGCUUCGGUGGAAGAACAGUCCCUAGUCAAACCGCAGGGCUUGUUCGCCCGCAUUCGAUACUAUGAAGAGCUGCUGGACCGGAAACUGGGCGUCGAGUCUCACAGUCUGGACCGAGUCCUCCCCGAAAACCGUCAGCCUCCCAACACUUUGGCCAUGGCCUUCAUCUGGGCGUCGGCCACCAUGAACCUCAGCUGUUUUAGCACGGGUUUUAUGGGAAAGGAGUUCGGUCUGAGCCUGGGGCAGACCAUCCCCAUUAUGAUAUGCGCGACGUUUCUGGGCGCUUGUCUCACGGGUUGGUGUGCCACGAUGGGCCCUGGGACUGGCCUUCGUCAAGUCGCCAUCUCUAGAUACUCCUUUGGCUUCUACCCGUCCUCUAUCAUCGCCGCGCUGAACGUGAUAGAACAGCUGGGCUGGGCUUCAGUCAGCUGCAUCACCGGCGGCCAGGCUCUGCGCGCCGUUUCAGAUGGCCACAUCUCAAUGAUCGUCGGAGUAGUCAUCGUCGCUUGUGUCAGUCUCUGCUUCAGCUUUUUCGGUUUAAAGGCUGUUAUGACGAUCGAGCAAUUUAUCUGGAUGAUUGCCUUUGUCGUCUUCAUCAUCAUCUAUGGCGAAUCAGCGCACCAUGCCAACCUUUCAGAUCCUCCUACUGUCUCGGGUAUGACAAGGUCCGGCAAUGUCUUGAGUCUCAUCAGUGUCAUCUACGGUUCAAGUGCAUCAUGGUGCUCAAUCGUGUCCGAUUUCUACGUGCACUACCCGGUCAACACCUCCAAGGUCAAGGUCUUCAUCUACACGACCCUGGGUAUCUCUCUCCCGACCUGUAUCGGCAUGUUGCUCGGAGCAUGUAUCGCCUCGGCCCUUGACGAGAACCCAGAAUGGGCUGCUGCCUAUGACGAAGGUAUCGGCGAGAUCCUGCAAACCAUCAUCUAUCCCAGAGGAUUCUCCAAAUUCCUCCUGGUCCUCCUGGUGCUGUGUGGUAUCGGCAUGAACUGCAUUGCCAUCUACGCCGGUGCGCUCUCCGCUCAGCUGUUCGCCAAGCCGUUCCAAAAGAUUCCUCGGAUCGUUUGGACGCUCAUUGUCUUCGCCUGUAUUCUCGUCAUCGGUAUCGCCGGCCGUGACCAUUUACUUGCCGUCCUCGACAACUUCCUCUCCCUACUAGGCUACUGGAACACCUCCUUCUUCGUCAUCCUAUUCACCGAGCACUACUUCUUCCGCAACGGCAACCUAGCCAACUACGAUCUCGACGCCUGGAACACCCCAUCCAAACUCCCAGCCGGAUACGCCGGUCUCACCGCAUUCCUAUGCGGCGCCGCCGGCUGGAUCGUAGGCAUGGACGAGACGUACUACGUCGGUGCCCUGGCAAGAAAGAUCGGCACAGACGGAGGAGACAUUGCCAACGAGCUCGCGUUGGUCUUUACCAGCGUAUCCUACAUCCCCUUGAGGAUGUUGGAACUAAAAUAUAUCGGACGGUAAAUCUGUUCGAUGCUUCUGUACUAUAUUUAUGAAAGAAAAACGGCCACAAUAUCGCGCUGAGAGCUAAUGCAUGCUACUAUACCAUGCUACACCACAUCCAUCCUACUUAACAUUUAAUAGUGAAAAAAUAUCAACUCAUCCCA